AUGUCUGCUCUGAAUAAUUCUGAGGUCCAGCUUUUUCUUCGGAUUGGAAUCCCAGGACUGGAACAUGCCCACAUCUGGAUCUCCAUUCCCAUUUGCCUCAUGUACCUGGUUGCCAUCAUAGGCAACAGCACCAUUCUCUUCAUCAUUAAGACACAGCCCUCAAUUCAUGACCCGUAUUAUUUCCUUGCUCUGUCGGCCAUCUCUGACUUGGGCCGUUCAUUUUCUUCCCUUCCUACCAUGCUGAGAAUCUUCUUGUUCAAUUCCAUGGGAAUUUCACCCAAUGUCUGCUUUGCUCAAGAAUUCUUCAUCCAUGGAUUCACUGUCAUGGAAUCCUCAGUGCUUCUAGUUAUGUCUUUGGAUCACUUUCUUGCCUUUCACAAUCCCCUGAGAUACAGUUCUCUCCUUGCUAGCAACAGAGUUGCUAAUAUGGGACUGAUCUUAGCCACCAGGAGCAUUCUCUUAGUGCUUCCAUUCCCUUUCACUCUAAGGAGACUAAAAUAUUAUCAGAAGAAUCUCUUUUCUCACUCAAACUGUCUGCAUCAGGAUACCAUGAAGCUGGCCUGCUCUGACAACAAGAUCAAUGUUAUCUAUGGCUUUGUUGCUCUCUGUACUAUGCUGGACUUGGCAUUAAUUUUUCUGUCAUAUUUUCUGAUCUUGAAGACUGUACUCAGCAUUGCAUCUCUAUCAGAGAGACUCAAGGCCCUCAAUACCUGUGUCUCCCACAUCUGUGCUGUGCUCGUUUUCUAUGUACCCAUCAUCACCCUGGCUGCCAUGCACCACUUUGCCAAACACAAAAGCCUGCUAGUUAUAAUUUUUGUUACAGAUAUAUUCUUGUUGUUGCCACCUGUAAUGAACCCCAUUAUGUAUUGUGCAAAAACUCGACAAAUCUGGUAAAAGGUCUUGAGAAAGUUGUUUAACAUAUGUAGGAGAUAA